AUGUUUAAUAAAUUGAAAGCAAAAUUCAACCAAGUGUUGCCACAGCCAUCUGUGGACAAAGUGCAAGAAGACCCAGCUCCUCCAAGUUCAUCAUCACCUCCAACUGAGGAACCUCCAGGCCAGACAACUUUUGCUGUUUCUUUAAAGGAAGAAAAUAAUACACAUGAUUCCCCAAAACAAGAGCCAGAAGAUGCUGCAGUCCCAAAUCCUGAGGAGCCAGAUCUGAUUCCGGAGCCCACAGAACAACCUUCUGAAGGAGAUCAGGAGCCCACUCAGGCUGAAAAAUCUCCAGAACCUGCUGAGUCAACCCAUCAGGAGGAGCAACAGUCAGCAGAUAGGAAAGAAGAGACAGAUGACUUGGAGAAAAUUCCACCAGGAACCCCCAUAAAUGCAUAUUCUCAAGUUCAGCUGCAAGAAGUUAUCAAAAAAAUACGGGAAAGGACAGCCACAUACAAAGAAAGGCUAAAAGAUCCAGUCCUCUCCUCACCUGAUGUCAGUCCAACAGCUUCACCCAAAAAGGAAGCCCCACCACCUCCACCAAAAGAAGAAGAAGAAAAAAAAGAAGUGAAAAAGGAAGAUGUUGCAGUACCAGAGGAGGAACACUAUUGUGAUAUGCUAUGCUGUAAAUUCAAGAGGCGGCCCCUCAAAUAUUACCUGAAGAAAAUAAAACUGCCACAAAGUAUGGAUCCAUUGACAGAUCGUUUCUAUGUGGCAUGGUUAUUCUUGGUUACCCUUGCCUAUAACUGGAACUGCUGGCUCAUCCCAAUGCGUUGCAUGUUCCCCGUUCAAACACCUAGCAACAUAAUAUACUGGAUCAUUAUGGACAUCCUCUGUGACCUCUGCUACAUCUGUGAUCUGUUGAUAUUUCAGCCACGAUUACAAUUCGUAAGAGGUGGAGACAUCAUAACAGACAGAAAAGAAAUGAAGAAAUACUACUGGAAUUCGGUAAAAUUUCGGUUUGAUGCGUUCUCAAUAUUACCAUUCGACAUUUUAUACAUCAUGUUUGGGUUUAAUCCAGUAUUUAGAGCAAACAGGUUUGUGAAGCAUCUCACAUUCUUUGAAUUUAAUGACCGGAUAGAGUCUCUUAUGGAAAAAGCAUACAUCUAUAGGGUCAUUAGAACAACUGGAUACCUAAUGUUUAUCUUACACAUUAAUGCAUGUUUGUAUUACUGGGCCUCAGCCUAUGAAGGAAUUGGCAGCACUAAGUGGGUGUAUGAUGGCCAAGGAAACAUGUACCUGAGAAGUUACUAUUUUUCAGUUCGGACUUUAAUUACUAUUGGUGGACUUCCGGAACCAGUAACCACAUUUGAAAUUGUUUUUCAACUUUUGGAUUAUUUCUCAGGGGUCUUUGUGUUCUCCAGCUUGAUUGGUCAGAUGCGAGAUGUCAUUGGAUCAGCAACUGCUGGGCAGAACUACUAUCGUUCCUGUAUGGAUAACACAGUGUCAUACAUGAUCAAUAACAGAAUUCCACGAUUGGUUCAGAAUCGUGUUAAAACUUGGUAUGAGUAUACAUGGCAGUCACAAGGAAUGCUGGAUGAAUCAGAAUUACUGGAGAAGAUGCCUGGGAAAAUGCAGCUGGCUAUUGCAAUGGAUGUAAACUUUACCAUUGUCAGUAACGUUGACUUGUUCAAAGGAUGUGAUACACAAAUGAUAUGUGACAUGUUGCUGAGACUAAAAUCCAUUGUGUAUUUACCUGGUGACUAUGUCUGCAAAAAGGGAGAAAUUGGUAGAGAAAUGUACAUUAUAAAACAAGGUGAAGUUCAAGUUCUUGGGGGACCUGAUGGAACCAAGGUUCUGGUCACCUUGAGAGCAGGAGCCGUAUUUGGAGAGAUCAGCCUGUUAGCAGCAGGUGGAGGAAAUCGAAGAACUGCAAACGUGGUGGCUCAUGGAUUUGCCAACCUUUUUAUCCUCGACAAGAAGGAUCUAAGUGAAAUAAUGGUGCACUACCCUGACUCUGAAAGGCUCUUGAAGAAGAAGGGAAAAGUGCUCUUGAGGCAGAAGGGCAAGCCUGUGGGAGGACCACCUGAACCUGCAAAAGGAUUUGCCCUGCUCGUAAAGAGACUGGAAACACCUAAGAUGUUCAAAGCAGUAUUUGGUAGGAAAGGACGAAGUGGCCUUGCUAUGCUUCUCGAGAUGAAGAGAGAGCAAGAUGCCCAGAAAGAAAAGGAAGAACAAGAAGAAAAAGAAAGAAAAGAAAUGGAAGAAAAAGAAAGACAAGAAAGGGAAGAGAAAGAAAGACAAGAAAGGGAAGAGGAAGAAAAAAAGGAAAAAGAGAAAGCUUUGCUCCAAACCAAGCCGAUAGAAGAAGAUGCAGCACAAGAAGCACAAGAAGCACUUGGGCCUAAAGCAGAGCCGGAUACAGAAGGACAGCCCCCGUCACCGCCGAAGCCAGUUUUGCUUAGAGGAAUCACUAAUGAGUCCCUGAUCAUUACCAUGACUCCUUCAACCACACCUGGAGAGGGAGACAUUCUGAGAGUUGAACUCAAGGAGAAGAAGCAAGAUUAA